GUUAUCAUUACCGUGUCAGUUAUGAAAUAUAAUCAUCGCCAGCCUGUCAACCUGUGAUUAAUCAUCAUCAAUCUAACAAGCACAUCGUCACCCCGACAGAAAAACAAAAGAGUAUAGUAAUAUGCAUCACUCACCUCAGAUUUUUUGUAGCACUGAUAACACACUGAGAAUGCAGUUUUACAUGUGCGGAUGCUUCUUCAGUGCCAACCUAUUCAUCAAGGAAUACAAAAUGCAUGUCACCUUUAAUGGAAGAGACCAAUUCUUAAGGGAGUAUGGAGAGAUCCUGCAGGCAAAAGGUUGCAGCAAUCCUGAAGAUCUUGUUCAGGAGUUAGAGGAGGAAGUCUUACAGCGACAGAAGUUGCAGGAGGAAAGUUGGAGGCGGCGGCAGCUGGUGGCCAGCCAAUACACGCAGCUCAAUCCAAACAUCUUUACUUUGCAGGCAUCUUUCUUGGAUCCCAAGUUCCAGGAAUUGGUUUGUUUAGCUCAAGAGGCCAGCCAGGACAGCAAUGCAAUAAUCAGCCAAAUGCAGAGUCACCAGAGUCGCAUCUACUCCUUUCCUGUCUUCACCCAUGAGUUUUGCCAUCAGUUGCUGCAGGAAGUUGUCAACUUCGAAGAAUCACCUCUUCCUAAAGGACGUCCCAAUACCAUGAACCAGUAUGGGAUCAACCUGGGAGAGCUGGGUUUUGAUGACUUCAUCACCAGACUCCGUGAGGAUUAUUUAAGCCACUUGACACAGCUCUUGUAUCCUGAUUGGGGUGGAGAUACCCUAGACUCGCACAAGGCAUUCAUUGUCACUUACAAGGAGGGAAUGGAUGUAGAACUUGGGUAUCACUACGAUAAUGCAGAAGUACAAUUUAAUCAUAUGGAUGCGGUCAUCUCGUGUGCGGAACCGUCUGUGCCCCAUGUGCGAUCGAGAACCCUCACUGGUGCCUGUGAAGAAUGGCUUUGGCGAUGGAUUCACCACCAAGACUGUGGAUGUUUGCAGUACUAGUUAGUCAGCCAAAGGUAUACAUUGUUUAGACAUGUAUGCUGAAUAUGUUUGCUCCAGCAUUUCAUUAAAAGAGUAUAUACAUAACACAUUUAAACCUUUGGCUUCUGUAUUACAGUCAUGUAUCUAUGUCUUUCUUCAUUUUUAAGGUACUGUAAAUAUGGGACUUGGUUUUACUCUUGGCUAUGCCUGUCAUUCAAAUUGGCAUUAGUAACUGUGAUAGUUAUGUUAUAACAGUUUCCACAUGUUGCUUAUCAAUAUAGCAGACUUUGCAGACGACUUGUUUCCAGGGAAUUCAAGUGAUGCAGGGAUUGGACUGAUGGUGAAGAACUAGGGAUGCAAAUUACUAAACCACAAAGCAGUGCUUCUUAUGAAGUGUCACAGUUUAUGUGUCUUUUGAAUCAUAAAUCAUAUUUAUAGCAUUCAACUCCUCAUAUGAAAGGAGAGGGAGACAUUUUGUGAGGAACUGGGUUUUUGGGAUAGAUUAUUGUUACCUAAUUUGUAGUGCAGAUUGAUUCUGUUUUAUUUAUAUUUCAUACCAUGCAUUGUAUGUCCACAUGUUACUGUGGUUAAAACUGUGUGCCUUUCAAGUUGACAUUCAGGUUGAUAAUUAAUGUCAUUCCCAAUAGUAUUUUCUAGUCAGAAUUUGCAUAUUAUGAAUCAUAUAUAAAAUAUACAUUGUUAU